GUUGGCACCCUGGCCGAGUUCCCGGAGGCCUCUGGUGCCCUGGCGGCCUCGGGCGCCGAGGGUACUUUCAGCUCCACUGACUCAAGCUUUGCAGCCGAACUCUCCACGGCAGCACGCCAUUACUUUGAGGAGCUUGCAAAAGAGCGAGGCGUGAGCCUUCGGCAGGCUUUGAAGGCUCCGCUGUGGAAGUGGGGUCUCAUUGCUUUGCUGUGGUCCGUCUACGCCUUCUGCUUCUACGGGUGGAUCCAGGGGACUUACUCGGGGCUCCUGCUCCUCCCAUGGGUUGGCGCUUUAGCCACCUUCCACACCUUCCAUGAUGCAUCCCAUGGGGCCCUGUCGACGAAAGCCUGGGUGAAUGAGCUCCUCACUUUUUCAGGCUUCCUGAUUGGCGCACCCCAUGAGUGGUACUGGCAACACGUUGCGUGCCACCACGUCUGGACCAACAUCGCAGAUGCGGAUCCCGACGCAAAGCAUGUGCGCCGUUGGGUCAGGCCGGGCAAGUUCCCUCCCCCACUCGCUGUGGUGCCGGUCGUUUGGGCCAUCGCUGUGCCCAUCGGACUGCAAGUGCUCUACUCCUACCGCUACCUCAGUGCUGCCUUCGGGCUGUCUCUGAAACAGGAUGUUCCGCCGGAUGUCACGGCCACGUCACUGCUGGCUUUGCUGCUCCAGCGCUUGGUCUUCUACGUUUGGCCAGUCUGGCGAUUCGGAUUCUGGGGACUCCUCUGGGCCGCUUACCCGGCUGCGGUGUUCUCCUUGCUCUUCAUGCUGAACACACAGCUGGCCCACUUGAACCACACCACAGAGGGGGAGGCAGAUGAGGCCGCUUCAGAGUGUUGGUACAAGCACCAGCUUACGCACAGUGUGGACUUCGCGGUGAAUUCUCCUAUCCACUGGUUUAUGUCAGGUGGCCUUAACCUGCAGUCUGUGCACCACUGCUUCCCGACGGUGGACCACAGCCAUCUACCCCAGCUUCGAGCGGUCAUGCAGAAGGUUUGCCAGAAGCAUGGUGUUCAGAUGCAUACCUUCGACAGCUACACCAUGGGGGUGGUGUCUCAUCUUCAGCACCUGGCUGCAGGCGCUGCCGAGAACCCAGUGGCCUCUCAAGUGCCCACCUCGCAGGCGGCACUCCAAACGGAGAACACGGCCGUCACCGUCCAAGGCCACGCAGGCGCCAAGCCGUCGCCGGGUCCGCCGAAUGGAGCCCGUGCCACGCCCAACGGCCACGACGAGCAGGGCCCCACGCCCGCGGCCGGUGGAGCCUUAGACUCGGUUGCCGGAGUGGCCGCCGAGGGAAAGCCGCGGGUUUGCGUGGUCGGAUCAGGCAUCGCAGGGAACGCUGCGGCGUACAUGCUGCGACACGAGUACGACGUGGUGCUGUGCGAGAAGGACGAUCGGCCCGGAGGACAUGCCCACACGAUCGCUGCGGGGUCCGCGAAGCAAAGGGUCGACAUUGGGUUCCAGGUCUUCAACUUCAGCAACUACCCCUUGCUGUCGAAGCUCUUCGACGAGCUGGGAGUUGAGACGAUCCAGUCCGACAUGUCCUUGUCCGUGUCUGCUCGUGGGGUUACUGAUGUCCAAGACUUCGAGUGGUCCUCCAAGUCGCUGUUCCCGACGUGGUCGGAUGUCUUCAGCGUGCGUGGCUGGAAGCGACUGUUCGAGAUCCUUCGCUUUGAGCGGGCAGCUCAUGCAGCCCUCCAUGUGCAUCCUGAAACUCUGGGCGAUCAGACGAUGAAGGCCUGGUUGCUAGGCCAGGGUUUCAGCCAGCAGCUCAUCGAUGAGUACAUCGCUCCGAUGGGCGCAGCUCUCUGGAGCUGCUCCAUGGAUGAGUGCACAGCUUUUCCUGCCUGCAUCGUACUAGGCUUCCUGGACAACCACUUCAUGCUUCAGAGAGCCCGGCCGAAGUGGCGGACUCCGAAGUAUCGAGCUGAGGACUACGUCCGGAAGCUCCAUUCAGCUUUGUCUGCAGCGGGCGGGCGAAUCUGCUCUAGCACAGACGUCUCCAAGUUGGAGCUCUCGGAGGGCCAAGGCAUCCGCGUUGUAGCCUCCAACGGUCAGUACGUUUCUGCCUCAAGCCCAGUCUUCGACAAGGUCGUUCUCGCGGUGCAUGCGGACCAGGCGAGCCAGAUCUUGUCGAGGUCAAACCUUUCAGACGGGGACAAAAAGCUCUGUUCCGAGACCAUCGACAACUUCAAGUACUCAUCCAAUGCCGUAUACAUCCAUACGGACCCCAAGUACAUGCCCAAGAAGAAGUCGUGCUGGAGUGCAUGGAACGGCUUGAAUCUUCCUGGAGCCCCGGCCGUUGUCACCUACUGGAUCAACAAGCUGCAACCAGGUGCCUGCACGGAGGGCAAAGACGUCUUUGUGACACUGAACCCGCCUGAUGGAUCCAUCGACGAGAGCCAAGUGCUUGCAAAGUACAUUUUGGACCAUCCGCUCUUGGACGAGAAGGCAUUGAAAGUCCAAAGAGCGCUUCCACAGCUGCAAGGGCUUGGAGGACGGAUCUAUUUCUGUGGUGCGUGGGCCGGAUGGGGGUUCCAUGAGGAUGGAAUGCGCAGUGCCCGGGCUGCGUGUGAGGCAAUGGGCGUCGACAUGGCGGAUUGGCCUGCUGGGCGCCGGCCACUGGGCUCGAUGUCCUGGGCGGCCAAGAAGCUGUGGUCGUUUGCGCUUCAACCAGGGCUGCAGCAGAUGAUCUCGAAGGGAGCAUUGCGGGUUGUCUUCGGAGAUGGAGACGAGAGCAUUCUCGGAGAUGGGAAUGGCACCGCUGUGGAGCUGAGAGUACGCAGUGAGCGCUUCUUGUGGAGGAGCAUGCUGGAUCCUGGCAUGGCUUUGGCCAAUGCCUUCGAAGCAGGUGAGAUUGAGGUUCGCCCCGACAUCACUAGCCUGUUCCAGCUGAUCCUGGAGAACAAGCCGAAGGGAGACAGCAGGUACUCGCCCAUGUCCUGGUCGCCCGUGCGCUUCCUCUCCCCCCUUGCGAAGCAGUAUCAGGCUAUGGUUCAUGCAUCCCGGGCCAACAGCACCACAGGAUCCGAGAAGAACAUCGAGGCGCAUUAUGACCUGUCAAACGAGAUGUUUGGCCUCUUCUUGAGCAGUGACAUGACGUACUCUUCCGGCAUUUUCGACAAGGACGUCCGGGAGCUUGAGGUGUCGACUCCAUUUCCGGAGCGUGUCGAUGGUGUCAAGGACUUCCUGGAGCUCGCACAGCAGAGGAAGAUGGACCGUUUGCUAGACCUCAUCGAUCUGAAGCCUGGCGAUCAGGUGUUGGAGGUCGGCUGUGGUUGGGGCAGCCUGGCCAUCAGGGCGGCGAAGCGCUGCCCAGAAAUGGCUGGCUGGACGGCCAUCACGCUCUCAAGGCAGCAGCUGGAGUUGGCGAAGCAGCGUGUUGCAGAAGCGGGAGUAGACGACAAGGUCAGCGUGAUAUUCUGCGACUACCGGGACGUGGUCGCCCGGUUCGGAGCAGAGUACUUCUCCAAAGCUGUGAGCGUGGAGAUGAUCGAGGCAGUUGGCCACGAGUACUUGCCGGUCUACUUCCGGGCUCUGGACCAGUGCCUGAAGCCUGGUGGUAUGGUGGCAAUCCAAGCCAUCUGUGUGCCAGAUGAGCGCUACGCGUCAUAUAGGAAGGGAUCCGACUUCAUCCGCGAGAAAAUUUUCCCGGGCUCGCACUUGCCAUGCCUGGCUGAAAUCCACCGCUCGUGUUUCCAGCUCUCCUUGAGGGAGUGUGCAGCUCCUUUCUCCCUGGGCCUGUCGUAUGCGGCCACUCUCAAAGAGUGGAGGCGGCGAUUCACGGUGAACGAAUCCCGGAUCCGGCAGCUGGUGAGCAGCCGCAGCGGCGAGGGCUUCGACGAUAAUUUCGUCCGUCGGUGGAACUAUUACUUUGCGUACUGUGAGACUGGCUUCCGCCUAAAGCACAUUGACGUUUGGCAGCUCUGCUUCCUCAAGGACGUUUCCCUGGCAGAGCGU